AUGACUGGCGAGUCUGGUAUCGGUUACUUGGGGGUUCCUAGGUCUGCCACAGUUUCAGAUGCGGUUAGUGUGAAUGGCUGGAAGAUUCGAAAUAGGGGACAGAGCCAUUACCCUGAAGUCUAUGCAAUAUUGGCGGCGACAACUAUGCCUUUUCACGGUUCAGAGGAGGAUGUAGUCUUAUGGCGCGCAGACGAAGAUGAGUUUAAUGCCUCUUUCUCCUCAGCUAAGACGUGGAGUUACCUGAGAGAGAAGAGAUGUGCAGUAACCUGGAGGAAGCUCACUUGGUUUUCUGAGGCAGUACCUCGCCAUGCAUUCAUGGUAUGUCUUGAUUUUAGAAAUCGCCUCUAUACAGAAGAUCGAAUGAGGAACUGGGGUAUAGAGCAGUGUUGUGUGCUGUGUGGAGAGAAAAAUGAAACAAGGGAUCACUUGUAUUUUGCAUGUCCCUACUCGUUUACUGUCUGGCUGCAAACUGCAGGAAAGCUAUUCGGAAAUGCCAUAUCUCCUGAGUGGAAUGAUAAUGCCGUGUCCUUGCUGCAGCCUGCACGGAGUCGGCUUGAUACUGUGCUACGAAGGAUGGUGUUUCAGAUGGUUCUCUACUCUAUCUAG